AGGAGCGACGCUCGGUGUACAUCUGCUGGGAUCAAACAGCCCCGAAAGAGAUCCCCUUUUGUCAUGGAAAUCAGACCCUGACUCUGUCACACGUGGGCUUCAGAAAUGCUAAGAAGUUGAACAUCCAGCCAGGACUUGUAAUACAGAAUAGAACGGGUCAAGGAGAUGGCGAGGACAAUCUGACCAGUGUACGAUAGGACUCUCCACGUUUCACUCUCUGUGCACAGUCAAUGCGCUGUAGUCAACAGCAUAUGCAGCCGCAUAUGCAUUUUUUUUGUCGCGCUUAGAAGUAGGCAAGAAGGUUGAGUUUGUUAUUCUUCUGAAAUGGCAAUCAAGUAAUUUGCGGUAAAUGUAAUUCGCUCUGUAUAGAAUACUUUUUUUUGUUUUCAAUGUAUAGAAACUAUAUUUAUCACUGUUCUGGUAUCGCGUAGCCUGUUUUUCAAAAAUGCUGGAUUUGGUUCUACGGAUGGUUUUCUGUGCGCUGCUCUGUUCUAUUUCUGCGCGCGCAUCCGGGUGCCCUCUUCGUUGCGAAUGCUCGGAAGCUGCUCACACGGUGAAGUGUGUUUCCAGAGACUUGCGGAGUGUCCCGCCUGGGAUACCAGGGUACACGAGGAAUCUGUUCAUAACUGGAAACCAGAUCAGCAGAAUUGGACCGGAAUCGUUCAAAGGGCUGGACAAUAUAACAACGCUGUCACUGAGUAACAAUAGGAUAACAGAGGUAGAGUCUCAGACUUUCUCUGGGCUGCGUUCCCUCCGGUCUCUGGACCUGAGCUCCAACCAGCUGGCUGUCAUCAACCCAGAGGCCUUCACUGUUCCGGGCCACACUCUCAGGGAGCUCAACCUCAGCCGAGCUCUCUACAACCACUCCUCUCUCAUGAACCUGGCUAUGUCUCUUCGCUGGUCCACCCUGGUUGAGCUCCGGACCUUGGACCUGUCAGGUAACAGGCUAAUCUACCUGCCCUCUCACACCUUCUCCUACCUGGGGGGCCUGCGGAGGCUCAUCCUGGCCAACAACUCCCUGGUGGCCCUCUACAAUGGCACCUUCUCUGGGCUGGACUCUCUGGAGCAGCUGGAUCUGACCCUUAACGCUCUGCGGACUGUCCAGGAGGAGGGCCUGGCUGAGCUGGCCUCUCUGCCCCCCGGGGUGAGACUCCUUCUCGGGGAGAACCCCUGGACCUGUAUCUGUGGCAUGGAGCCCUUCGCUGCCUGGCUCAACUCCUCCCAGGGACAUGUGGGAGACGCAGAGGGCCUGGUGUGUGCCUUCCCCUCAGACAUGAGAAACACCUCUCUGCUGAGGUUGGCGGCUGGACAGGCUGGGGUGGGCGGGGACGGGGUGGCGCUGGGAUGCCACAGGGUGGGUGAGGGGGCAGACCUGGCCCUCCAGACUUCCUACGUGUUCCUUGGGAUCGUCCUGGGCUUCGUGGGACUCGUCUUCCUCUUGGUCCUCUACCUCAACCGGCAGGGUAUCAAGAAGAGGAUCAAUGACAUGCGGGAAGCGUGCACUGAGGUGUUGGAGGGAUACCACUACCGCUACGAGCACGACGCCGACCCCAGGCUCUCACAGGUCUCCACCACAGCAGACAUUUGAUGAUAAGAGGACACUCCCAGGGGCUUCCAUGAUCCUUUUUUCAUAAUCAAAAACGUUUUUUCUAUUGCAUUUAUAAGUAGAUAAGAUCAUGUAAAAACUGUACAUGUGAAUUGUAUGUAAAUUUAAACAUACAGUAAGUAUAUGACUGAGUUUUAUUAUUGUUCCUAGUAGCCUUGUCCAUGAUUAAAGCAUGCACUGUCUGAUCUGUAGUCCUUCACAACCAGUCCUCACUUUCAGUCUACACAUCGUCUGAGACUGGGGAUUACCCAUGGCUAACAAAUGGGCAUUGACUGUGAAAGAGAACUGUCGUAUGGAUGGGGGACUGACUGACUGUUCUUCUACAUAGAUUUCCCCCUCUUAAAAGUGGGGCUUCUCUGUCUGUCCUAGAAUGAAGUGUCAUGUGAAGGAGUGAAGCUACAUUUGGACAAUAUAAUUCAUGUAUGUUAUGAUUCUUGCAACUGAGAACAGAUAUGGAUGAAUAUACUUAAUUCACGAAGCUGAAGUAAAUGAAACUGAAGACUGUUCUUAAACAUUUCACUUGCUAUGACUUUACUUAAGUAUUGUUCUUUGAGAGGUCUUGUAAAUGUAUAUACUAUCGCUACCAAGCUCACAUACAGCAUAAUUAAUCAGCUCAUGAGUUGCAAGUUGUGUGACACCAACCCCUGUGAAGCUUAUGCACAAUGGCCAUGUCUGAAAUUGCACCAUAUUCCCCUGUAUGGUCCCUGGGCAAAAGUAGUGGACUUAUAAAGGGAACAGGGUGCCAAUGGGACGCAGGGUUCAAUGAGAGAUUGUCUGAGGGCCAGCUCACCCCAGGACUGAGGAGCGUUUCUUUGGUCUUCUAUCCCUCUGCCCCAG